AUGCAAGAAGAAAUGAACCAACAUGACAGUACUACCAAACCUCCUACCCCUCCAGUGGUCGAGACUCCAACUCCAGUUCCUCAAGUUGAUCCUCCAAUUAACAUUAAUGCACCCGACAGUGUUCAAAACGACAAUCCUCGUCCUCAUGUUUUUGAGACAGACGACCAACAUGAUGCAUUCUUCAGCCCAAGGGAUGCUUCUCAGGAUGACGCCUUCGGUUCAACAACCAACGAGGUGGAGAGGAAGGUGAAGGCUAUCGAGGAAAGGCUCAAGGAAAUAGGGAGCACUAAUGUUUUGGGCCUUGAUGCGGCAGAAAUGUGCUUGGUACCUGGGGUCAUCAUUCCGGCCAAGUUCAAAGUUUCGGACUUUGAAAGAUAUAAGGGAAAUAGCGACCCUAGGACGCACAUUAGGGCAUACUACCGAAAGAUGGCUCUCUAUUCCAGCGAUGAUCAACUUUUAAUGGAUUUUUUCCAGGAUUCCCUCAGUGGGGCAUCUUUGGGUUGGUACAUGCAACUUGAGGGCAACCAUAUUCACACAUGGAGGGAAAUGGUUGAGGCAUUCCUCAAGCACUAUCAGUACAACAGUAAUAUGGCACCUAAUUGCACGCAGUUGCAAAAUCUGACUCAGAGGUCUGAGGAGUCCUUCAAAGAGUAUGCCCAAUGGUGGAGGGAAUUAGCUGCUAGGGUACAAGCCCCAUUGCUAGAAAGAGAAUUGGUAGACAUGUUUAUGGGAAACUUGCAAGGUCCAUACCUUGAUAGAAUGGUAGGGAGCACCUCUUCGGGCAUUUUCGACCUAGUCUUAGCCGGUGAAAGAAUAGAAAAUAUGAUUAAAAUGGGAAAGAUCCAGAACUCUUCCAGUACUUCUAGUGCAUCGAAGAAACCUUUUGUUCCCUACGGUAAAAAACGAGAAGGUGAGACCAAUGUCGCCUCCAUCAUUCGAACAAGAAAUCCCAGUUAUCCAAAAGUAACCGCCAUAGCUCCCGUCCAACCAAGUCAACAACAACCAUUUUCAAUUCAUGUUCAAACUCAACAACAACAACGGGAGUUAGAACCCCCACCAGCGGUUCUUCCUCCCGGUUAUGAUGCAAAUGCCCGCUGUGAAUUUCAUUCUGGCGCUCCUAGGCAUUCGAUUGAGAAUUGUAAAGCAUUAAAGUACAAGUUUCAAGAUCUUAUUGAUUCUAAGGCAAUCACGUUCGCCCCUAAGAGGCCAAAUGUAAAUAAUAACCUAAUGCCCCCUCACAAUAAUGCAUCAGUGAAUAUGAUGGAAGUUGACAAUGGAAGGAGAUUGAUGUCCUGUGUGGACGAGUUAAAAACACCACUCGUUCAGAUCAAGAAUGCUUUAAUGAGGGAUAAUGCCUUUUCCAUCUUUCCCACACCAUUCUCAUAUGUUGACGCCAAGGAAGCCCCAUGGAUGUAUGACACCUCAGUCUACAUUCAGGGUCAGAAGAUUCAAGAAGAACCGUUAAAGUCUAGUGAUUCAAUAAUCAAUAUCACCGGCACUAGCAGAAUCAUGAGAAGUGGAAGGAUAUUUGCACCGACACCCAUUCCAAUUGGAAUUAUCAAUCCUUCAACUUCAGACAAAGGCAAACAAAUUGAUGGCGCUCAGCAAAGACAAGACCCCACACCUUCCAAUGAAGUAGACGAGUUCUUACGCAUUAUCAAGAAGAGAGAUUAUCGAGUAGUUGACCAGCUUAACCAUACACCCUCGAAGAUAUCAAUGUUGUCUUUAUUAAUGUGCUCGGCGGCCCAUAGGUAUGCUUUGGUAAAAUUUCUGAGGAUAGCUUACGUACCGCAAGAGAUAUCUGUUUGUCAGUUUGAAGGAGUAGUUAACAAUAUCGCUACUAGCUUAAGCUUGGUCCUAUCAAGAGUUUUGGUAGACACUGGGUCUUCCCUCAAUGUGAUUCCUAAGAGUUCCAUUGCUAAACUAACUGUUGAAGGAUUCGUAAUGAAGCCGAGUGAGCUUAUAGUAAGAGCAUUUGAUGGGACUAGAAGGACUGUAAUCAGUGAGGGUGAGGAGGACAUUGUGGUAAGUCACCUCGCACCUUUUCGAUACGUUGAAGGAGAAUGGGAGAUGAGGGAAAUCCCAUUCCAAUCAUUUGAAGUUAUCAAUGUUGAAAUGGUUUGCCCAGCAAGUGAUGAAUCAAAAGAUGCCGAAUCUCCAAUGGCAUCUCUUAAAGACGCCAUGACAAUCAUAAAGGAUGGACACCCCCAAGGAUGGGGAAGAUUGCUUGAACUUCCUGCCAACAAGGACCGCACCGGUUUAGGAUACAACUCCCAGAAUUUGAAGAAGCCCACGUCGAUAGCUACAAAGGGAUCAGUGCUCCGUUAUUCGAAAAAUUCUCAAGUGUUGCUUACCUUGAUGACAACCGUAUCUGUGCCGUGGAAGAAGAAGAAGAAGAAGAUGAUGGGUUGA